AUGUUGCUCGUGGCGGGGACGGAGACUACCGCCAAUGCCCUGACGCAUAUUGCAUUCCACCUGUUGGAUAAUCGGGAGCUUUUGGGGCGGUUGAGGGAGGAGCUUAAGGGGGCGAUGCCGCGGCUGGAGGAUACGCUGGCGUGGAGUCAGUUGGAGAAGUUGCCAUUUUUGAACGGGGUGGUGCAGGAAGGGCUUCGAUUGACUCUGGGCACUGCCUCCAGACUCCCUCGCAUUGCGCCGCAGGAAAAUCUCCACUUCGAGGACUGGGUCAUCCCUGCUGGGGUGGGUGUCAUCCUCAUCUCUCUAACCUACCCCGGUGAGCACCGCCACGUACUUCAUGCGGCCAUGGUGGCUUAUUCGGCUACGGAGACCUCAUAA